UAUUGAAUCAGAAAGACUUCAUGAUUUAAUAAAAAAUAUUGAAGAUAUUCCUGGAAUUAAAAACUGCAGUAAAUAUAAAAUGUAUAGGCGACAAUGGCUCACGACAAUUAAUUUUAUAUUGGUUGUAAUGUUGAUUGGCAUGGCCCAUGGACAUAGUGCUAUUCUACUUCAACAAUUUCAGAAUACUACUAUGAAUGCUACUAAGAAUUUAAGUUUUGAAGAUGGCGAAAUGUUUAAAAGACCAUUUAUAAUAGUUAAUUCAAUAGAUCUCCAAUCAUGGAUAGCUUCUUCAAUGGUACUUUUCAUGUGCCCUGGCUGUUGGAUUUUAGCAGUUUUCAGUAAAAACAUUGGUAGAAAGUUGAUUUUGCUUUUUGCUGUGUUUCUUUUUCUUAUUUCCUGGUUAAUCAUAACUUUGGCUCACAAUGCGUAUCACGUUAUAAUUGGUAGAAGUUUAAGUGGAUUAUGUAUGGGAAUUUUAGCGGGAUUAACUUCAGUGUAUCAAGGAGAAAUUUCCAUUCCAAAACUUCGAUCCACUCUAAAUGCUGUUCUGGCAGUUUCUUUUAGUAUUGGUAUUGAAUUGUGCCAUGCUGUAGGCACGUGGUUCCAUUGGAGAACAACUGCAUUUUUUUGUUGCUGUAUAACGAUUCUUACUUUAUUCAUGAAUUGCCGCAUGCCCGAAAGCCCGAUUUGGUUACUUAAUAAAAAUAAAUUUCCUGAAGCCAUACAUUCUUGGGUGUUUUUAAGAGGAAUUCGUGAUCUCGAUGAAUUGAAAUCGAUGCGUGUUACAAAAUCAAAUAAAAGGCUUGAGAAUGUUUAUUCUGAAAAAAACGAAAAAAAAUAUUUUUCGACAGGUUUUCUUAAACCUUUAGGUAUACUGCUUGGAUUGUUUACAGUUACACAAAUGAGUGGUAUGGGUGCAGUUACAUUUUAUUGCAUACAAAUGGUAACUGACAUUUCUGGACCUGAUUACGCAUACAUACCUACUCUUAUUUUAGAUACUUUUCGGUUAAUCGCAGCUAUUAUUUUGACUAUCAUCAGUAGCCGAAGCAGUACAAGAACGUUAACACUUUGUUCAUCAUUUAGUUGUUCCAUUUUUCUUAUAUGUUUAUCGAUGUCUAUUUUAUUUAAAUUAUGGAACCCUUGGCUAGCGUUAACUUUUCUUUUUGCUUUCGAAGCUGCAGUAGUUAUGGGUUUAGGACCAUUGCCUUGGACUUUUUGUAGCGAGAUUUUUUCAGUACCUCAUAAAGAAGUCGGAAUAGGUAUUGUAACAAGUUAUAAUUAUUUAUUCUUUUUUAUGAUUGUAAAAAUGAAUCCAUAUUUUUUUGUAGUAUUGAAACCUUGGGGUUCAUUUUUAGUUUAUGGAUGCUUUACUUUAAUUAGUUCAAUUGGGCUUUAUUUUAUUUUACCAGACACUCAGAAUAAAUCUCUCAAAGAAAUUGAGAUGAUGUUUCGCAGUGAUUAAAUAUAAUUUUCUUUAAUUGUACGCUCUAAUAUUAUUUUAUUUUUUGUUUUGAUGGCAUUUGGAGCUUGUAUGUUAAUUGGUUCAUUGCUUUAUUCAUGCAGGCCUUCUAUGCAGUCCUAUUAUCUAUGCGGCGUAUAUAUAAUUUUUAAGGAUAUUUAAUAAAAAAAUAUGUUAUUUGCAGUUUGACACUCUU